AUGAAGCCUUCCCUGUUCUUGGUUUUCUCUCUCUACCUCGGCCUUCUUUUUUUAUCGAAGGCAGCAGCAUCAGAUGAAAGGGGGCGGUAUGUCGCUCUAUUCAGCUUUGGCGACUCACUCGCCGAUACAGGGAACCUGGUUCGCUUGGGAUCGAGCCAGUUCUCAACGAUUGCCAAUCUUCCCUAUGGAGAGACGUUCUUUCAGAAGCCCACUGGCCGGUGCUCCGAUGGUCGCCUUAUCGUGGACUUUUUCGCUGAGGCACUGGGGCUACCACUUUUGCCUCCAUAUCUCUCUAAGGAGGAGGGUGAGCAGGACUUCAAAAAGGGUGUGAACUUUGCAGUUGCAGGAGCAACUGCACUCAAACAAUCUUUUUUUUAUAGUAAAAAUAUUACGGGUUUGGCGACCAACAACUCCUUUGGUGUGCAACUCCAAUGGUUCCGCGACCUCUUGCCUUCUCUUUGUGAGCCCUCAGACUGCAAGGAGUACAUGAAGAAAUCCAUGUUUUUGGUUGGGGAAAUUGGAGGCAACGAUUACAACUAUGCAUUCUUUCAAGGCCGAAGCAUAGAUGCCGUCAAGUCUUAUGUAGACGAUGUAGUUAACUACAUUAUGGAUGCAGUCACCGAGCUAAUCCUUAAAGGUGCUGAGACUCUAGUAGUACCCGGGAACUUGCCAAUUGGGUGCUCUACCAGUUACUUGACAGCUUUUCAGACAUCUGAUAAACAACAGUAUGAUCCACAGACUGGAUGCCUCACACACUUGAACGACUUUGCCUGCCAUCAUAAUUCGAAGCUCCAGGAUGCAAUCAAAGUUAUGAGAGAGAGGUUUCCUCAUGCAAGAAUUAUGUAUGCUGAUUACUACAAUUCUGCCAUGCGAUUCUUCAAAAAUCCAGAACUUUUUGGGUUUCCUAAGGAGACAUAUCUCUCUGCCUGUUGCGGAGUUGGAGGCCAAUACAACUAUAAUUUUGUAAAGACGUGCGGCACUUCGGGGGUUACAGUUUGCAAAGACCCAUCAAUGUAUGUCAACUGGGACGGAAUCCAUCUUACUGAAACAGCUUACAAAUCGAUUGCGACCGCUCUGUUGAGCGGUUCAUAUAUGGACCCCAUAUGGAGCUGA